UUGUCAAUGAACAUGUUUUCCUAUACGCCCCUUGACCACGACCGACACGAGAUUCGCCUUCUCACUUUCAACUUUGUCAACCCACCCCUUAGCCAUGAGAAUCUAGGCGACUCACCCUCCAUAAACCUCAGCUUGAGCCACGCGUUCCUCGAUGCCGAACCUGCACCGGUCUACAAUGCUCUCUCCUACGUUUGGGGCGACGCAAAUGACACCCGGCCCAUCAUCCUCGACGGUCAUGUUUUCCAAGUCACCAAAAACCUCUUCACGGCCCUCACCCAGCUUCACGCCUCCCAGGUGAGGGCGCGGAUAUGGAUCGACGCCAUCUGCAUCAACCAGUCCGACAACGACGAAAAGGCCGUGCAGGUUCGGCUCAUGAGCUCGGUGUACUCUCUUGCAAAGAAUGUGCUGAUCUGGCUCGGGCCCGAGCCGGACGGGGGCGCGUUCCAGACAAUCAGGACACUGGCGGCUAUGUACCGGGACUCGACCGAUGAAGGGUACAUCAAUAUUGAGACCAUCACUGACCGGGAGGACCUCCAGUUCGAGGAGCGAAUGGCCCGCUUGGGAGAGGAGGUGGUCGAGCUCGCCGACAGUGGUGGUGAUGAAGAUGGUCGACUCGACUUUGAAGCUCUGUGGAAAUUAUUCUUCGACCGGCCGUGGUGGCAUCGCGUGUGGGUCGUUCAGGAGGUUGUGCUCGCCAAGGCGGCGAUGGUUCUCUGUGGGAAUGAAUUCGUGCUCUGGGAAGACGUCAAAGACAUCUGGUCUGUCUUGCUGGCGGUGUCGCACCGAGUACUGCGCAUCGGGGACGACAAAUAUUCUAACCUGGCCAAUGCCGUGAACAUCAUCAUCGGGAUCUUUGGCCAUCUCGAGGCGGCGAGUACGAAAUACGAGGCCAGCCUGAUCAAUGCCCAGGAACGAGGCGUAGGAGAGGCCGGACUUUCCCUUUUCGAGGCUCUGGAGGUGACCUUCCAGUCCAACACGGUUGCCGCUACCGACGAGAGGGACAUGAUAUACGGCAUCCUGGGGAUGGUGCAACCCGAGGAUCGCUGCAAAAUCCCGGUUGAUUACUCAAGCACCAACACCAUGGAAAGAGCGUCUUUCGACGUGAGCAAGGUCUUGCUGAUGAAGUACGGCCCAAACAUUUUAAGCAGCUACCAAAGACUGUUCAGCGUCAAGCAUCACCCUGCUGCGAUCCCAUCAUGGGUCAUUGACCAGACAUCUGAGUUCCUCACCGCCCUUGCAGUCAAAGUCGAGGAUCGGCAUCCUAUAAACAACCUAUAUCACGCCACCAAGGGGACGAGUUGGGAGGAAUGGUCAGCAAGAUCCGAAAUCGGUCAGGCUGCGUAUGGGGAGCCGCGCAUUUCUCUUCCCGGGCGGAUAGUUGGCCGAGUUGCCAACGUUGGGAAGACCUUGGUCGACAUGACCGUCCAGAAGUAUUCGGCAGAGUGGUACGCAGUUGUGACAAAAUGGCUGUUUGAACUCAUCGAUAUGCUCGAGACGUACCGAGCUUCUCUCGCAGGUAACUCGGAAUUCCUAACCUCGACUCUCGAGAACGUCUGGCGGGUUCCCGUUCUCGACUCUGACGUGGACGGGACGGCCCGAGCGGACGAUGGCCUUUGGGGAGAAGUAUUUCUCGCCGGGUUUGAAACCUUGAUAUUGACAGGCAAGAAACAGUCUUGGUCCGAUGUAGAUGACGAGGAGCAAACAGAGCUACCCAAUGACCUAUUCAUGUAUCUCGGUGCUUGCAAGGUCCAAAGACAGCGUUCGUUUGUUGACAGCACGGGAAGGCCGGGGACCACGCUGCAGGACGUCCAGGUCGGUGACCAAGUUGUGAUAUUCCCCGGUGCGCAUGUGCCGUUUGUUAUCAGGCCUGUGACGCAGAAGGGAGGAGAUGUUGUGCAUCAUAUGGUUGGAGCAGCUUACGUUUACAGUAUAAUGGACGGCGAGGCGAUGGAGGAUGAUUCAGAGUUUCAAGAUAUAUGGCUGGCAUAG